GGAAGGUGCACGGCUCUCUCGUCGGCGGGAUCCAUUAGGCUUUCGUGAUUGUCAUAAGAUUUGUUUUCGUUAAAGGAAGAAAAAAAUAAUCACUUUUGUGCAUGAUAAAAUAACUUCGUUUCCAGAAAAAAAACGUGAGCGAAUAGAUCAUAGAGAGAGGGAAAAAAAAAAGGUGUAAUCAUUUUAACAUAUUCUUGACGAUGUGAUAAGAAUUUUGACACUUCACUUGCUUCACAUGUCUCCUUGAGAUGUCAUGAUCUAACCGAAGGCGUCGACUGAUUUCGAGGCCGAAAAGGGCACAUCGUCAGCCGUCAGCGGAAGGAUAGGAUGCGUCAGCCACAGGAACAGAUAGCAGCAAGGGCAGAGUAGCAGCGGCAGUCCCCGAGAUGAGGUCAGGAAAUGUGACAGCCUGAGAGGACCGUAUCCAGAGCCGCGUGGCCGGAGCCCUCCUCCUCUGCCAGCUCAUCACGAACAGGAACUUUACAUAUGGUUAUCGUGCUUCCCGUUCCCCCUUAGUAACCAUGGUAACCAAGAGGAGACUCGGUGUGAACUCGCGCUCUGGUUUCCCCGUGCCGGUAGUAAUGGCUGUGUGGGCGGCCAGUUUCGUGGGCGUGGCUUUGGGGGACGCCCGGAGUGCCAGCAGUAACGACGUAUACAACAGCACGUGUCUGGAGGGUUGCACGUGCGGGAAGCUCCGUUCGAAUCACCUGCACGAGGAGCUUGAUACGUUCGACUGCUCGUUCAACAACAUUUAUUCGUUCCCGGAAAACUUGCCUCAGGAUCUCCAGGUCCUUAGCCUACGAGGGAACUCCAUCUUCAGCGUCCUCGACAACAUCUGCAAGCUGACAGACCUUCGAGAGUUGGAUUUAUCGGGAAACAGGAUAAAAUCCAUUGGCCGGGGGCGCAUGUUUCAGAACAUGACGCGGCUGGAAUACCUGAGCGUGGGGAAGAAUUCAAUCUCGACGAUAUUUCACGACAACUUGAUGGGGCUCAAAUCACUGGUACACCUGAUUCUCUCUAACAACAAAAUUACGUAUAUUGAGGACAAGGCCUUUAUUGAACUAAGCCACCUGCUGACCCUUGACCUCGAGCAGAAUCUCCUGGGGUCACUGUACGCUGAGUGGUUCCAGGGCCUGGGGGGCUUAGUCGCCCUCAAUCUGGCCCACAACAGAAUCCACAAGAUCCCUGCGUCCUUAUUCCGCGACCUUGUGUCCUUGGAGCGCCUGUACCUGGCAGGGAACCGCAUCUCAUCCGUCGACCCGAGGGCAUUCUCCGGCCUCAUGAACCUGCAGCAACUGACCAUGGAAAACAACCUUCUGUCUAGGAUACCCACGGCAGCCUUCCAGAGCCUGCCGUCCCUCCUAACGCUGAGUCUCGACCAGAAUCCCCUCGUCAAAAUCAAGCCGCUAGACUUCUCCCACCUCAGCGUCACGAAGAUCAGUCUCUGCCAAAUGCCUGAGCUGGAAAUCAUUGAUUCCAAGGGCUUUUAUAAUCUCGCUAACAUAAGUACAAUAGAGAUCACUGACAACGUCAAACUAGCGUAUGUAGAUCCCCUUGCCUUCAUGAAUGUGGACACCUUGAGGGAACUUCAUCUUCACAAUAAUAAUCUGAAAGGAUUACAGAAGGAAAUGGCAACCUAUCUACCAGAAGGAGUGCAAGUGUCACUCUAUGAUAACCCUUUGCAUUGCGAUUGUAACAUGCGGUGGAUACGACAGCUAAUGGUGCGGGGUGAAAAUGCCAGUAUAGUUAUCAUGGAACCCGAGCAUUUAGUAUGCCACAGCCCCCCUUCCCUCGUCCAUAAACUUCUCAUGAAUAUAGUUCCCAGGAAACUUCCAAAGGACUGUCUACCAAUGGUGCUUAACUUAACACAGUCACAUACUGUGGUUGGGAAAGUCGGGGAACGACAAGUAUUGGAAUGUCGUGCACUUGGUUCCCCGAGGCCCCAACUGCGGUGGAUUUUGCCAGACGGUUCGCUGGUCAAUUCCACCCUGAACGAGGUCCGGCGACGGUUCUUCCCUCCUGGAACCCUCGUGUACUACCACCUGAAGCCAAGGGACGGCGGCUCGUACACCUGCGUGGCCGAGAACUCCGUCGGCGAGACCAGGAGUUCUCUCACCCUUAACGUCACUGGCAUCGACAUCCACCUGUUCCCCAUCCGCAUGUCGUCGACGCUGGUGACGCUCGUCUGGAACGGGACGGAGCGUCGAGCGUUCCCCUCGUACAAGAUUGUCUUCAGUCGAAUCGACGCCAACGGAACGGACGUCGGGGAGAAGAGGUCCAGCACCGCGAGUCCCACCAGGAAGACCUUCACCAUCACGGGGCUUCAUCCGGCCUCCAUCUACCGCUUCUGCAUCGGCUAUGAAGACGCCAGCGGCUAUUGGCUGCAGAUCUCGUGCUGCGUCGCCAACACCCGCGGCGUGGAGUUCAUGAUGCAGGGGUUUUCUCGAAUCUCCAACGUGGCUGUGGCUGCGGUGGUGGUCAUAGUGCUGUCCAUGACUGUGAUGGUCUGCUUGGUGUCGGUUGUGUCCAGAAAGUACCGCCACAGGAUGUACGAGACGCCGGACAAGGUGGGCGAGGACUCGAACUCCGUCCCUCUGGACAACCUAUACCGCCCCCUUCUCAUGGGAUCCUGACGGUCAAGGGGCGGGGCUGAUAUUCAUACAUCCCUGAUGUUGCGUCGACCCCCCUGCUGCGCCCCCGCCCCUUCGUCCCCCGGCCCCCUCACGCCCCCAUUAGGCCGCUCGGCACACGGCGGGGCAGCACACAACAGCCCGAGAGUGACGCCUGUUUCGUCAAGGAGACCUAACCUACUGGAAGACUGCUGGCUUUCCCCCUCGCCUAAGAAAGCACGCAACAUCGGAGGAAUGCCCAGCCUUCUGGAAUCCGGCCUGGACAGAUCCCCGGACCUUCUAUCCUACACAGCUGAUGUAGAGACGAUGCCCAUCAUACAGGAAACUCAGCUGUCCUCUGGCUAGUUAACAAAUUGGUUAAUUAAAUAUCUUUCUGAGAGUGGGAAAGACUAUAAGCCAUGCUAUACUGUCUCUGUGAACUCUUAUCCUCUGUGCCAUAAAGAUGAAGAUAAGGAGAGGGAGAGAGAAACUUUGGCAUUCUGAAGAGAUAGUGUGGCGUGAUUUUUGUAUGUAUCCAAAAUACAUGGUUUAUUUGACAAAGCUUCUCUACUCACAGAAAGCUAAAGAGUAGUUGUGUGUGUUUGUUUGGUAUUGCAAUGAAGUGUACUUUAUGUGGAAAGAUUGCAAGAUUUCAGUGCGGCGAUUCUGAAGGAGGAUAUUUAGCUAAACAAAUAAAAGACGAUAGUUCUGGUUUUUAAAUAUGAAAAAGUCAGAGAGAAAAGUAUUGGUAAUGUAAUAAUAACGGUCCAAAAAUAUGAAAAAAAGUGAUAAACAGAAAAGGAAAACUGUUAAGAAAAUCAUAAUAAACUGAAAAAAAAAUGAAAGGGACAAAAAGAAAGAAAGAAAAUAAGUGAAAAAAGAAAGAAAGAAAAAAAAAAAAAACAUCGGUAAAAUCUGCCUUGUUUUUUCCACGCUGACUCUGAACUUAUAAGAAGAAUAUCCGAACUGUUAUGUAUGUGAUCUGAUCCUAUUACGCGGGAUUCCUGAUCCUGUGAUUCCAGCUGAUUGUCCUUUUACAAGAAUCACAUGUUUUGGAGGCUGAAGUUUUGAGUAUGAAAUGACUUUCGCUGCCGGAUUAUGUGUCCUAAAAAUAUAUGGCUUCGACUGGCAUGAAUAAAUAGUCAUUAUAUCAUACGAUAAUAUAUAAGAUGUCUAUUCUUUCGACUACAGCAAGCGGAGAACACAAGUCGUUGACUCUGGAAUGAUGACACAAAGAUGUAUAUUUAUGUAUCUAUUGCCAUUAAUGUUGGCCUCUGUAGGGUUCAUAGCCGGCAUGAUCCUACAGUAUAAUCAAGCACACAC